AUGGAGGCUAUAGGAGCGGCAUCUGCCAUCGCCGGUAUCGUCUCUCUUAGUGGCGGCAUUCUCGCCAAAGGCUACACCUUCUUGGCCAGUGUCCAUCGCGCGCCGCAGGAGCUCAGAGAGCUGCUCUGUGAAGCGGCAGCUCUCAACUCUGUCCUGAACCAGCUCCAAACCCUACUUGAAGAGGAUCAUCAUGGGUCUUUUCAGCAAGAUACUAACGAGACACGCAAGUCCGGCCUCAAAGACAUAGCAGAUACUGGAGUGCUGCACGAGUGCACAGAGUCGUUGCUGUUGGUCGACAGGUCUGUCCAGCGAUGCCAGCAGAUCCGCGGGCAGGAUCUGCGGAACUUGGGAAAGAGGGUCAUGUGGCCAUUUAAAGAGAAGGAGACUAAGGAAGCCCUUGCCAGGCUCAGCCGCAUCAGGGGACACUUGACUGCUGCUUUGACAGUUGAUAUGGCGGCUGCUCGCGAGACAGCGAUUAGCGUAACUGGUCUUGAAGAGUGGACGGCAGAGCGUGAUCAGGUCGAACAGCACCGCGCUCUGAUCGCUUGGUUGGAUCCUCACUCAAUAAAUAUGGAGGAGAAUCUCAAAGAAGGUCUGAAGAACCGUCAUCCGGGGACGGGACAAUGGCUGUUCGAGACAGACUGCUAUAAAUCGUGGGCCGCCGGUCAUUCUUCUGUGCUUUGGAUACAUGGCAUCCGUAAGAUUGAAUUCAGACACACCUCGCAAGCUCAUUGGAAAGCUAACAAGAAGUGGGAAGCUGGAAGCGGCAAAACUGUCCUUGCUUCAUCCGCUAUCGAGAAACUUCUUGGUCACGGACUCGAUCCUUCUAUUGGCAUGGUGUAUUUCUAUUUUGACCAUCGCGACGCCAAUAAACGAACUCUACAACAUUUUCUGGCCUCAACUACACUGCAGCUACUCAGCCGAAAGCCAGCGCUAGAAAGCGAGGUCGUUGGUGAGUUCCAAAGACAAUGCAAUCAAGCAGAAAAGCCGAAGCCGAUAAGCCUGGAUGAGCAGCUGAGGUUGUUCAUCACCAUGACUCAGAGUUUUGAUGUUGUUACCGUAGUGAUUGACGCUUUGGAUGAGUGCAAAGAUAUUGAAGAAUUCACUCAUCAGGGACUAGAGCACAUAAUCAGUGUAAAAGACGUCACAGUCCGCGUACUGACUACCGGCCGCAAUAACUACUUGCUAGAGAGAACCAUUGGCAUGCUGGCGUCCUACCGCAUUACCCUGGAGGAUGAAGUCGUAAGCGAUAUCGAGGCAUAUGUCACAGAUCAGGUUGAGUAUCGGUCCAAGGCACGAAAGCUCAAGGUUCGAUCCACGGAACUUAAGGACCAAAUCGUGCAUGAAUUAUCUCAUCACUCACGGGGAAUGUUCAUCUGGGUCACUUUCCAACUGGAUCUGAUCUCACGCCUCACCAGCGACAAGGCCAUACGAGACGCGCUUCGCAAAUUGCCAGGGGGACUAAACAACACGUAUAUCCAGCUUCUUGAGCAAAUAAGAGACAGGAACGCGGAACAGGUAGGAACCAUAGCGAAGGCUCUAAAGUGGAUUGUGUCUAGUCUGGUUCCUCUUACUCUUGGGCAGCUGGUCGAGGCUAUAUCGAUAGAUCCGGAGGAUACACAUUUGGCAGUCGACAAGAUGUUCAAUGACGAAAAAGACCUCCUUGAAAUGCUCGGAAGCUUAGUGGUUUUUGAUCCAGUCAAAGAGGAUCCGGUGUCGCUAGCAUCCUUCUACGUUCCACCACAGGCCAUUAUGGACAUCGGAAUCACAUGCGCUCAGUACCUGUCCUUCACCGACUUUGGAGAGCCGUGCCAUUCAGUUCGCGAGCUCCGUGAGCGGGUGGCGUCUUACAAGCUACUCGAGUUUGCAGCGGACAACUUUCUGAGCCAGUUGCGGUCAUAUGGAGGCCGCGGCUCCGCCAUCAAGAGCUGCCUCCCUUCGCUGAGAUGGUUCGUCGAGCCAUCUCGACACGGGCAGCAGAACUUCAUCUCAUGGCAACAAGUUUACCAUGGUAGUGUUGUAGGCAAGUCGCCCGCGGACUCUUUAGUCCCCAAUCCGAUAACGUACAUCAUCGAGCAUAACGUGCUUCAUCUCCUGGACGUCUUCCUCCUUCACAGCAACGAGGAGUACCAUCAGACCAUUCUCCAAUCGGGCUUCACCCCCCUGCACUUGGCAGUCAUCACCGGCCGCGAAGACCGCUUGGCUGAAAUCCUUCGCUCGAGUCCGGACCUGGAAGCGCUCGGCAAUCGCGGGCAGACAGCGCUGCAUUUGGCCGCAGAAUACGGUCACGUAGGCAUGAUCAAGCUGCUGCUGGAGGCCGGCGCCUCACCUCACGCCCGUAGCGAGUCGGAGUCGACGCCGUUCUACCGUGCGGCCCGCAACGGCUCGAUCGCGGCGCUGGAGCUGCUGGCCGACGCCGGCAGUGACCUGGACGCCAUGACUUGGGAUUGGUGGACGCCCGUCUUUGAGGCGAUUGAGAACCACAACCUGCCCGCUGUGGAGUGGCUGGUCCAGAGGGGAGUGAACUUGAGGCAGAAGUUGCUCCACGGCCCGUCCGUGGUCGAGUUUGCGAGGAGUGCUGGUGACGAGGCCAUUAUUGAGAUAGUUCAGAAGGGCCUGUUAGAACACCGCUUUUGA